AUGAACUAUGAACCUCAGAGUUGUGAAUAUUUACAACACUCUUUAUUUGGAGGGAAGGACUCAGGGAUAUGCAAGCAUGAUGUAUACACUUUAUAUUUAUCGAGUGUGCAUGGGAAUUAUAAUUGCAACUUUAAAGUUCUUAGUCAACAAAUUAUUUGUAAGUCAGUGCCACCUACUGUCAACAAGCUUUGUCUGAAAGAGUUAGCAGCCUGUAAUAUAAAUAUUGUGGAUGAUUGUCAAAAUCCUAUUGAGAUUCUUAUUGGGGCUGAUGUAGCUGGAAAACUCAUGACAGGUGGUCGUCGUGAGUUGCCUUGUGGUCUCGUAGCUAUUGAGACCAAAUUUGGAUGGUCAGUUAUGGGACGAAUGCCGAAUACUUCGAAAAGUGAGUUUUCAUCAUCGUUCUUAGUUACAUCCUUGUUAUCUACUGUGGAGACCAUAACAGAUCUAUGGACUUUGGACACACUUGGGAUCACUGACCCAUCAGUCAAGAAAAACCAGACUGAACUACAAGAAGCUGCUCGGUUACAUUUUCUAAAUACAGUUCGUAUAGUCGAUGAUCGUUUCGAGGUUGAUUUGCCCUGGUUGGAAUAUCAUCCACCACUAACAGACUAUUUUGACUUAGCCGAGAGAAGACUGAACAAAACUGUUAAACGUCUUAAAAUCGAGUCCAAUUAUGAAGCUUAUGGAGAUGUUUUCAAGGAAUGGCUAGAAGAGGGAGUAAUUGAAGAGGCUGAUAAAAAUUAUCAAGGGCAAGUUCUUUACCUUCCUCAUCGAGAAGUUAUCAAAAAGAAUAGCACUACAAAACUCCGACCGGUAUUUGAUGCUUCGGCCAAAGUAAAGGGAUUUCCUAGUCUUAAUGACUGCUUAGAAAAAGGCCCAAAUCUAAUAGAACAGCUUCCGAGUAUUUUAACACGCUUUCGAAAAGAAAAGAUUGGUGUUAUUGCUGAUAUACGAAGAGCCUUUCUUCAAAUAAGUGUUUCACCUACUGAUAGAGACUUUUUGCGGUUCUUAUGGCUUGAUAGUGAUGGUCAACUGAAAGUGUACAGGCACUGCCGUGUAGUUUUUGGUGUAGCAAGUAGCCCUUUUCUUCUAAACUCUACUAUUCAGCUUCACCUACAAACUGUUUUAGAGAAAAUAGAAACCGGUGAAUCCUUAUAUACGAAAGGUGUCAUUCAAAAACUUAUGCAUAGUUUUUAUGUUGACAAUUGUGUCAGUUGUGUUAAAAAUGAAGAAGAACUCAAUCAUUUUAUUAGUGUAUCAACUGAGGUAAUGGCUGAGAGAAAAUUUGAGCUUAGAGGGUGGGAGUUCAAUGAUAUUAAUGCUGAUGCUUCUGCUGAUACAAAUGUGCUCGGUUUAAUAUGGAAUAAAAAAUCUGACACUCUAAGAAUAAAUACUGGUAGUAUAAAAGAGUUAUGUUUUGAAAAAGUGACUAAGCGCUUAAUCUUAUCUACAGCUCAUAGAUUGUUUGAUCCUCUUGGUAUAUGUUGUCCUGUUAUCCUUAUCCCUAAGUUAUUACUUCAAGAAACUUGGAAGCAGAAGAUAACAUGGGAUGAAGAAGUUGAUACCU